GGGUCUCUGCGUCCACUUCAUCCCUCCGCUGCCCCCGGUGCGCGGCCUCUGCGACCAGCCCGCCGCGCCCACCGUGCCCGCCGUGUCCGCGCUGCUGCCGCUGCACGACACGGGAGACGCCGGUGAUUGGGGAGCCCUGCGGAGAGCUCUCGCACCCCAGCACCGCCUCGGGAGCCCAGCCCGCCUCGUCGCCCCGGUGCCCGCUGCCUGCCUGGCACCAUGAGCAGCGUCCUGAACGGCGUCGUGCCCUUGGGGCUGCUGCUGCUGCUGGUCUGCGGGGCCCAGGGCUUCUUCCUGCCCAACGUCACCCACUUGGAGGAGCUGCUCAGUAAAUACCAGCAGGACGAGCCCCACUCCCGGGUCCGGAGGGCCAUUCCCAGGUCGGACAAGGAGGAGAUCCUCGUGCUUCACAACAAGCUGCGGGGCCAGGUGCACCCCCCAGCCUCCAACAUGGAGUACAUGACCUGGGACGAGGAGCUGGAGAGGUCGGCCGCGGCGUGGGCUCACGAGUGCAUCUGGGAGCACGGGCCCACCGGUCUGCUGGUGUCCCUUGGGCAGAACCUGGCCGUCCACUGGGGCAGGUACCGUUCUCCCGGCUUCCACGUGCAGUCCUGGUACGACGAGGUGAAGCACUACACGUACCCCUACCCCCACGAGUGCGACCCCUGGUGUCCGGAGAGGUGCUCCGGGCCCAUGUGUACCCACUACACGCAGAUAGUCUGGGCCGCCACCAACAAGGUCGGCUGUGCUGUGAACACCUGCCAGAGGAUGAACGUGUGGGGAGAUGUUUGGGAGAACGCGGUCUACCUCGUGUGCAAUUACUCUCCAAAGGGGAACUGGAUUGGAGAAGCCCCUUACAAAACCGGCCGGCCCUGCUCCGAGUGCCCGCCCAGCUACGGAGGCGGCUGCAGGAACAACUUGUGUUACCGAGAAGAGACUUUCGUCCCCAAACCCGAAACGGACGAGAUGAACGAGGUGGAGGUGGCUCCCGUCCCGGAAGAGAAGCACGUCUGGGUCCAGCCGAGGGUGACCAGACCCACGAAGCCCAAGAAAGCGGCCGCGGUGAACUACAUGACCCAAGUUGUCAGCUGUGACACCAAGAUGAAGGACAAGUGCAAAGGGUCCACGUGCAACAGGUACCAGUGCCCAGCGGGCUGCCUGGGCAGCAAGGCGCAGGUGUUCGGAACUCUCUUUUACGAAAGCUCGUCCAGCAUAUGCCGGGCCGCCAUUCACUACGGGAUCCUGGACGCCAAAGGUGGCCUGGUGGACGUCACCAGGAACGGGAAGGUCCCCUUCUUCGUCAGGUCUGAGAGAAACGGCGUGGAGUCUUUGAGCAAGUACAAGCCUUCCAGCUCGUUCAUGGUGUCUAAAGUAAAAGUGCAGGACUUGGACUGUUACACCACCGUUGCUCAGCUCUGCCCGUUCGAGAAGCCGGGGACCCACUGCCCAAGAGUUCAUUGUCCGGCACACUGCAAAGACGAGCCGUCCUACUGGGCUCCCGUGUUUGGAACUAACAUCUACGCAGACACUUCAAGCAUCUGUAAGACGGCCGUGCACGCGGGAGUCAUCGGGCACGAGAGCGGGGGUUACGUGGAUGUGAUGCCCGUGGACAAAAAGAAGGCCUACGUGGGCUCGCUCAGGAACGGAGUGCAGUCUGAAAGCCUGAGAACCCCUCGCGACGGAAAGGCCUUCCGGAUCUUUGCCGUCAGGCAGUGAAUUCCCAGCGCCGGGGAGAAGGGGGCGUCUUCGAGAGGGCUUCAGGGUUUUGCUUUUUAUUUUUAUUUUGUCACUCGGGGGGGGUGGGCUGGGGAUACAGAGAGGCGGGAAACUUCCUUUCCAUGGCGUUCAGUGUCACACCCUUUGUGCCUUUGUCUGAAACCACACGGAGAAACCGCUCCCUUGGGGUCCCGGCCGGAUGGCUGGUGACUGGCCCCUCUGCAGGGACAGUCGCCCAGGUGCUCCUUCCCGGUGCUCUUUGGUGGAGGGUGGGGGGGGGGGGCGUGGGGAAGGUUCCAGGCCUGCGGACGUGGCAGGACCCGGAGCUCACGCCGGGAGGCAGGCGGGGGCGGGAAGGGGCUUACGGAGCAUCCAAAGGGUUUCAGGAAGGGAGUGGAAGGUGGUUAUUUAAAAACUUUGAAAACACAGUCCGUCCCCACCAGUGGAGGAAAAUGGGCUUAAUGUUUGCUGGUCAGACAAAUGGGCUGGAACGAGGGGCCGGGGACGUGAGGCCCGGGCUCGGCCCUGGUCCCCGUCCUCGCCGGCACCCUGCCUCGCACAGGCUGGUUCUGCAGACGGCAGGGCUGGCUUCUUUAGGGUUCCGCAGUAACCCCAGAGAUUUAUCUCGUCUUCGUCCUUCCCUGUGUCCGCGUGGCCCGUCUGUUUGCUGCCGUGACCUUUGGUCUCCUUGAGGACAAAUGAACCAGGAUCCUUUCUUUGCCCCCUCCCCCCCCACCCCCCUGCCCCGUAGCCCUCGCCCCAGCCCAGACUGGUUUAUGCACGAUGUUUCCCACCGGGGUCUUUGCUUUGCGAGCGGUUCUGUCGGCAGCCCCACUUUUUAAUUUUUUUUUUUUUU